GGGGGGGUCGGGUCGGCACCUCCUUUCAGCUUUGAUGAUAUUCUUUCCUCGUCUACUACUCUACUCCACCCUUCCUUCCUUCCUUCCAUUCUUUGAUUUCCCCUCUCUCUUCCAAAAGUUUCCGUCCGAAAGACCGAAAUAGACAAAAAUAAAAACAUAAUAAUAAUAGUAAUAAUAUCAUAAGGAUAAACAAAACAUUAUAUAACCAGACACAAUCUCUUUCCUCUUUCUCUCUCUCUCUACAUUUCUCUCUUCCACAGGGAGAGAGCUCUUAUGGUCUUCUUUCUUCUCCCUUUCAUUCCCUCCAUCUGACUUUCCUACUCUCUUUCUCUCUUUCGUUCGUUCUAAGAUCAUAUUAUAAGGAAAGUUUGAAUUUCAUUCCUGCGUGCAUAGUUCUGCCACUUAUGUUUGGUAAGAAUUGUUGCGAAUUGAGCUUCAGGACAUGGGGUCUCGUGAGUGUGAGUUAACAAAGGAAGAAGAAGAAAAAGAGUAAGGUCAUAUAGGAUGGGUAAUAAGCUUGGAAGAAGAAGACAAGUGAUUGAUGAGAAAUACACAAAGCCUCAGGGUCUUUACCACCAUAAAGAUGUGGAUCAUAAAAAGCUCAGGAAGCUCAUACUCGAAUCUAAGCUUGCUCCCUGCUAUCCUGGCGAAGAAGAAUUGGUUUGUGAUCUAGAGGAAUGCCCAAUUUGCUUCCUGUAUUAUCCAAGCCUCAACAGAUCAAGAUGUUGCACAAAAGGAAUUUGCACUGAGUGCUUUCUGCAGAUGAAGGUUCCCAAUUCAACUCGUCCUACACAAUGUCCCUUUUGCAAAACGUCAAAUUAUGCAGUGGAAUACAGGGGAGUGAAAACAAAGGAAGAGAAGGGUCUUGAGCAAAUUGAAGAACAGCGAGUGAUAGAAGCUAAGAUUAGGAUUCGUCAGCAAGAACUUCAGGAUGAGGAAGAAAGAAUGCAGAAAAGGCAAGAAUUGGAUCCUCUAAGCCGAAAUGUGGCACAAGAGGAUGUUGAGUACAACUCAGUAAAUGUGACGUCUUCUACAUCUGCUGUUGAAGGAGAUGAAAUUGAUUCUUCCCAAGACUCGUGCGCUGCAUCAAUGUGUAGACCACCGUUGCCAUCAAGGGUUCAUAGGGAGGAGGAAUUUGACCUGGAUCUUGAAGAUUUAAUGGUCAUUGAAGCGAUUUGGCUUUCCAUUCAGGACACUGGUAAAAAUAAAACACCAAGUUAUGGUGAUGUUGCUUCUUCUGGACGGUAUGUCACAGAAGACCGAUAUGUCUCACCAGCCAUGGCUACAGUUUCUGGAUCAUCAUCUUCAUCACCAUCUGGUGGUCUUGCCUGUGCCAUAGCUGCUCUUGCAGAGCGCCAGCAAAUGAGUGGAGAGUCCUCAAGUCAUCCAGAAGGUAAUGAGUCAACAUUCAGCAUGGUUCCAAGCGCUAGCAGGUUCUACAGCAGGGUAGGUAGAGAGGCCUUGAAUUAUCCGCCAGCAGUGAGCUCCGCUGAUGUAUCUUCCAAUGAUGGGAUGGUUUUGACAAGGGAUGACAGAGAUUGGAAUGUUGACCAUGCAUCUGAGGUGGCUGAAGCAGGAACAAGCUAUGCAAGCUCUGACGCAACAGAAGAUGCCGGCACUAUAUCUGCACCACCACCACCAGAUCAAAUGGAGGAAAACCUUCUAAAUGUUCCCGAACCCAUUGUUCCUGAAAGUUUUGAGGAGCAGAUGAUGCUGGCAAUGGCUCUUUCUCUGGCCGAGGCCCGUGCAAUUGCCAGUGGGGCUGGAUCCUGGCAGUAGUUUUAGGUCGUGCAAUGGAGAUAUUUCUCAAUCAAAUGAUCUGCCCAUGUCACUUAGUUAUCUGAGUCUCACCUUAACAAAGAGCUGCACAAAACUUGUGUGGAAGUCAAGGUAGUGAUGAUUUUCUUUUUCUAAUCCCUCUUCCACUCUCUAUAGAUUGAAAAGAAACAGAAUAUUUUAGUAAAUGAAAGGCUUCACAAUUUUCUGUUUUCAUA